CCAAUUCAGGUCCGUAUGGACCAUUUCCGAAAUCGAUCCUCUGCAUCUACCUCCACGGAGUCCGCGCAGAACGUCGCGUAUCACUAACCGCACAAAUAUGAUGUCAAAUAACCAUGACACAACCAUACAUGUUCCACGAAUACUAAUAGCAACCAAAACGGGUCUGGCGCUCCUUUACAGUACGCCAGCAAGCGCUUUCUGCGUAGAGCGGGGAUGACGAGCACAGAGGAGCCAAAACUCCCACUGGACAUCCUCCGGGAACUCUUCGAAUACGCCGCUAGGGCAGACAGACACGUCGCGUUAAACCUAGCCCGGGUAUCAACCUGGGCUCGAGAAUGGGUUGACCCAAUCCUCUACCACGCCAUCAGCCUCCACCGCGAAAGCACCAUCCGCAACUUCCUCCGCACCACCAAAGAGAAGAAGCACGACUUCUUCCUCGACCACGUCAAGUCGCUCUACCUAUCCGUCGACAUCCACUCCGAGACGGACCGCAUCGUCAAGAUCCUGACCGCCUGCGCGCGCGUAACGCACCUAACGAUAUUCUUCGUGCCGACCUCCCAACACCAGUGCCAUCCAAGCUGCCACUCGCCCGAACGGCUCGGGACAGCCGUCUCGAACCUCCGCCCCACGCACCUCUCCGUCUCGUUCCCCACCAUCCUCCAUGGGUUCUACCCCGAGCUCAAGCUGCCCUUCUAUUCCCGGCUGACGCACCUUUCCGUCGUGAACGACUCGACGGACUGGACCGCCUGGUCGGGGUUCAACUCGCUCCGCACUCUCACGCAUCUCGCACUGGACGUCCGGCAGCCCGUAGACGCGUCCAAGGCCGCGCGGAUAUGCACCUUCGUAGCGUCCAUCCUACAACACUGCACGCAAUUACGUAUCUGCGUGCUAUUACUCUUAUUCACGGAUGAUCCCCGCGACACCCGGGAACAGUUGCUCACUGCGGCUGAGGACCGUCGGGUCGUCUUUCUGAGAGAGACAGAACCGUUCAGGGAUCGUGACGCGAGAGAGGAGCGGGUUCUCUGGGAAAAGGCCGAGUGGACGAUGGCUACUACGUGCGAAGAGGACGAGUCGAGAUCUUACCAGUGGCUAUGGUAAUCGAUUUAUAGAUAUCGUCUGCGGCAGGAGGGGGGGGGGGGUUAGUCCGCGGAGAACGAGGACUAUGAGAUCCCCGUUGCGUGCACUUGUGAAGAUCAGCUUCCAGCGUUUGUCAGACCUUUAGAUCCCGUCAUAAACACGUUUAUGAAAUGUCAAAACAAAAAAGCGCGCGUUCUUUCUUUCCACUUCCCGCGGAGAUAGUGAAUUGGCUGACUUGGCAGUCUGAAUCGGCACCGACCUUUUGGGAUUGUUAUAGGCAUAACCUCUGGGAGCUUUAUCGAACCAGGGGCGAGUUAAGAACAAUAACAACA